AUGACCGAAGAAGAAUUUGCGUCCAUUGAAAGUAAAACUUACAAAUUCAGACCGUCUCUGCUUUCACCAUUGAUGCCAAUCACUUCGUGUGCAGUGGAGUGUGACGCUUUCGUCACGGACAUCAUGAAUAAAGAAUUGCACUCAUUCAAUGUCCAUUCAUCCAAUCCUGGUCUGGAAUAUAUUUGGCGUGAAGAAGCUGCACGAUGUAAUGCUCAAGGACGCAAACUCGAAGACGUCUUCAAUAACUGUACAUCAGAUCCAGAUAUUCUAUUCGGUUACGACACAGUCCGCCUUUCUUGGGGUUACGUUCUCAGAAGAGCUUUGGUUCUUGGAUUUCUUGACUUUCAUCAAGACUAUCAAUCAUCGAAGCCGCAUACAUCACCGUUAGUGGAGGCAUGUCAUACUUCGCCAAAAGCUGGGGUGUUUUCUCUGCAAUUUCAUUUUUGCAGGUCCUAUGACAGGGGUACGGCGGCAUUGAUGGUUCUGAAUAGGAAGCUACCGAUUCUUGACGAUCGCGCUCUUUGUCAAAAUCUGUUUGGAAACUUUAGUGAAAUGGUGAUUAACUACGUCAACAAGCUAGCGCUACUGAAUAUUUCAUUGCUGAACGAAGUCAAUUGGUUCCUGAAAACAGCUGAGAUGGCUCGCGUAUAUGGUAUUCAGUUUCACGAGGUGUGGAGUAGAGGUUCCCAGUUAAGAGUGGAAUCGAUGAUGUUCCGGCUAGCUCACACGCAAGGAUUUGUAAUGCCGUCUGUUAUUCCUUCUCAGAGGAUACAAAUGGAUGCACCUGAACAGCUGCAGCUCAUCAUGGAACCUCUGUCAAAAGUGUACUUCGAUCCAGUCAUCGUUCUUGAUUUUCAAUCACUUUAUCCGUCCAUGAUGAUCGCUUACAACUAUUGUUUCUCUACGCUUUUUGGCAAGGUAUAUGGUGACUUUCUGGUUACAAGCACUUUUGCUAUUUCUAGAUCAUCGUUUGUGGAAUGUGCGACGAAGAAAAUGCUACACUGCUCCCCUCUCUCAGCAGCAUUUGCAACUCAUUCAAAGCGUAGUGGCAUACUACCCACACUUUUACGAGAGGUUCUCGGGGCACGUAUUAUGGUGAAAUCGGCAAUGAAACACGUGACUAGCAAGCGUCUGAAGCGGGUCCUUGAUGCUCGUCAAUUAGCUCUAAAGCUCGUAGCCAACGUCACUUAUGGCUACACAAGUGCGAAUUUCAGCGGGAGAAUGCCAUGUGUUGAGGUUGCCGAUGCUAUUCUAGGAAAGGGUCGAGAAACGCUGGAAAGGGCAAUCGCUCAAGUGAAAGAAGGAAACUAUGGUGGCGCACAGGUGAUCUACGGCGAUACCGACAGCAUGUUUGUGCUUGUACCAGGAGCUACCAAAGCUGAAGCGUUCGCAAUUGGUCGUCGUAUUGCUGAGGACGUCACGAAAGUUAAUCCUACUCCUGUUGUCCUGAAACUAGAGAAGGUUUAUAUGGGAUGUGUAUUAGAAACGAAGAAGCGAUAUGCUGGAUGGAUGUAUGAGAGUGAAGACGACGAAAAAGGUCAGCUGGACUCCAAAGGACUGGAAACGAUCCGGAGAGAUACGUGUAUGGUUGUAGCGAAUGUGUUGGAGCGCAGCUUGAAGUUGAUUUUUGCCCAAGACUGGCGAGCGUUGAGCACCUAUCUCAACACGAAGCUUUCUAGACUUGAAGACUUACCGUAUACUGACUUCGUGUUCUCGAAGGAAUUUCGUGGUCAUUACACAGAUAAUGCUCCCGUUCCACAGUUGAAAGUGGCUAUGCGAUUGGCUGCCCAGAAUCCUGCCCAUAUUGCACUUGUGGGAGAACGUCUGCCGUACAUUGUGACCCAAGGUGCUCCCGACGCGUCCGUAAUCUCGUGUGUGCGAUCAAUCCCUGACUUUUUAGCAGAUAAAAGUCUGCAGAUCCAUUUCACUUACUAUGCUCAUGUACAUAUCCUACCCGCUCUGAGACGUGUCACUGAUCUCCUCCCGCUCACCAUAAACUGGCGUGCAGAUGCCUCUACGAUGUGCUUUACUCCAGGAUGUUUGACAGUAGGUGGUAAUCCGUGGUGUUCCUGUUGUGCAGAAUUUGGUUCGACGUUCCGAUUUGCUCUCGUUUCACUCGCCCGUGAAGAGCGAUUGCAAGCCAUUGCACGGCUUGCUUGCAGUCGUUGUCAACAGCGAAUCCAUUGCGACAUGGAGCAGUGUCAGAAUUAUGCCAAAUCGAGGCGAGCUGUGACCAGUCAUCGGCUUUAUUCAGAUAAAAAUCCUUUCAAUUUGAUGGUAUUCCAGUGA